AUGCGGGUUUGGGCUAAGCCAAUCGAGUUAACCAACACAGCAACAAGAGGGGCUGUAAAAGCCGACCCGCUGGAGAAAGUUCGGAUGGGAGUCGACAAGAAGAGCGGAGAGGUCCAGUUUGUCGUUAUUCGUUUGCCUCAAUGUUUCCUGGAAAAUGACUACUUGGCAAGAGAUUAUGAUAUCAUGAGGAAGAAGGAUCCUGCAGCUCGGCCCGGUCCCGUGAGAAAGCAAAGGGGCAAUGGCUCCGAUCGGCCUAAGGACCACGCACCUCGCCGUAGACGGUAUGACGAUUGCAAAGAUCCUAAGAGAAUGAAAAGGAACAGGGCAAAGGGUACGAAGCUCCGUAAGCGGAACUGCUUUCCACCGGCACACACGCACAGAAAGGGAGUUAAAAAUCUGUUGUCGGAACCCAAAUCCACCCAGUUGGCCAAGUGGGGGGAGCCGCCACUCCCUGCAGCCAAGAUCAGCCAACGAGGGGGCUCGGUGGUCUCCGGCACCAGAGCCCCAUUGGGCGUCCACAGAGCACACUAUCUGACUGCCGGCCUCGACGUGUUGGUUGUUGAGCCCUCUACCUUAAUUUCCCAGCCGGAUAGACCCUCUGAUGACGAUAUCAGGCUGGCGAAAGCGAAUCGGAUCCGUGAGAUCUGGCUGCGUCUGCACCACCAUGUCGGUUGA